UUGAGAAGCUGCACCUAAUUCGGAUGCACUCUAAACAGGUUGAAAACGUAGAAAAGCCGCUACAUGUACCUUGUUUUCGUUUCUUGCAGGCCCCUAAAACUGCAAAAGGAAGAGGAUGUGACGCCGUCUGUGCGACUGAACUCCGGGAAAAAUGUUUGUUGUCCAUUUAUUAAAACAUCCACAUGCAACACCAACAACAAUACAAAUAGCCACACAUGUAAUGAUUAUUGGUAGCUAUAUUACGUUUUGUUCAUUUUUACUUGUGUGUGAGUAGAUUAAAUAAAGUGUAAUAGUUUUGCUUAAUGACAUAAAGGUAAAUAAUAAAACUCCGGGUUACACUAUAGUCGACCAUCCAGACGGUGAGAGCUGCUGGCUCCUCACACAUGUUAGCUAGCUAGCGUGUUAGCACCGCAGAAGCACAGCUCCUCGGUUUCACUUUAGACAGGUUAUAAACGUGUCCCAGUUAAUAACAUAAACACGAGUCAUCUCUACAGUUCUGCGGUGUUUUGUUCACAAAGCGGGGGCUCCCCCCUUUUGUUUUUCAUCAGCACCCACAUGAAUAAUUGUUGAUUACAGGAUCAUGAAGGUGAAUAAACCCACCCAGGUUAAGGCCCAAGCUAAAUCUCAGAAGUGGAAGGAUGUUAGGGGCAAACGGUGCCGGCCUCCCAUCACUUCCUCAGAACUCAACUCGAGUCCUGUCGUGGCCAUGAUGGCAAAGGAGUACAAGGCGUCUGUGAAGAAAAAGCCCACCGUCAAGAGAUUGAAGAGUAAGACAAAGCCCGUCUCUGACUCAAAGAAAAACACUCCUCAGUCUGGAUUAAAGAAAUCUCAUACUCAGGCUAAUGGAAGUACAGCGUUUACAAUGGACGACGAGUCAAAUGACUCGCAGGACUGGAAGGAGUAUUCCCAGUCCAUUCAUGGGAACGGUGUGGCGACCUCCGGUGCCAUGGAAGAUGUACGUCCGGGUAGACUGGAGGGAGAGUCCCUCCAUUACUGUGCAGGGAGAAAUGAUCAACAAAACCAUGCAGUACUUGUCAUGCAGAAGGAUCAGACCCUGUGUUUCCGUGGGAAGUGCUUUUUGACCUGUCUUUACGGUCGGGUAGAAGUGAUGGGGUUCACCAUUGAAGAAGGCCAGCAGUCAUAUCCACUGUUCUCCCCUGCCUCACAUUGUCCACUAACCAUUAGAGCUCUGGAAAGCUCUGAUCACUCCAGAGAUGACAAAACGGAGGCUUCACCCAUCCUCCGAAAAUACCUGCCAGGAGCAUCACGGAAGAAGUUGCUAAAAACAGUUACAUCAAACUCGUCCAUCAUCCUACUGGAGCCCAUGGAGACGCCUCUGACACGGUUUCUGUCAAGCUUCUCAGAUCUCAGUGAAUUAUUCAGCCCCCCGAUGACCGAACUCAUGUCAGCUGUUCUCGACACACCACUCAAUGGUCUGGGUAUGAUUCCCCUGGCCACAGCCAUCGAGGGCCUGAAAAUGUCAAAGACCUACAGAGAUGCUCUUAACACGGUUGUCAGCGCCUGCAGAGGGGACAUGGAUGGGAUCGCAGUCAUCCUUGUUUGUGGUUCCAAGAAUGUGGGCAAGUCGACGUUCAUCCGCACCCUCAUCAAUACGUUACUAAAUCACACUACUAGUGUAGAUUAUUUGGAAGGUGACCUCGGUCAAACAGAGUUCACCCCCGCUGGUUGCCUGUCUUUGUCGACUGUCAGAGAACCACUUCUGGGUCCUCCUUUCACACAUCAGUGCACACCAGAGCACAUGAUCUACUAUGGUGAUGCGUCCUGCGAGACAGACUUAGAACGCUACCUGGAAUCCCUUAAAUCCUUGUGGCGUAGACGCUGCCAGAACAGAGAGACUCCCGUCAUAAUCAACACCAUGGGCUGGGUCAAAGGAUUUGGAUUUCAGCUGCUAGUGGACAUGAUCCGCGUCUUCCCCGUCACGCACGUCGUCCAGCUCGGUCACAGCGGCAUCAUCCAGUGUCCCGCCCUCACUCCAGAGUUCCUGAGAACGGCACACGGCUGCCAGACACACCCACCUGCCCAGACGGCUCUGGACGAGUUCACGGAGAGCCACACUCCCCCCACAAGUUACACUCACCUGAUUGUACAAUCAGAGUUUCAAGCAGCGGGGCGCCAAGGAACAGCGAAACACCAGCGCACUAAUGAGCACAGAGAGCUGUCACUGCUGGCCUACCUGAGUCAGCUGCAGUCUUCUGAUCCCGGACCAAUCAGACCUCUACACACCCUCACCCCGUAUCAGGUGCCCCACACAGCAGUGGCUUUAGGUGUGAUCCAUUGCAAUGUGGAGCCCAGUCACAUGUUUUACGCUGCCAAUGCCAGUCUGGUGGGACUCUGCUGCCUGGCGGAGAAAGUCACAAGCAGGGGAGGCCCAGUACUGCUGUCGCAGGCUCCAAUCGGCCCAUGUGUGGGCUUCGGUGUGGUUCGAGGUAUCGACAUGGCGCGAGGUCUGUACUUUUUGCUGACGCCUGUAGAUCCCUCCAUCCUUCGUAAGGUCAACUGUCUCCUCGUGGGGGCGAUAUCGCUGCCUUCCUGCAUCCUCACAACACAGCCUGGCUUUGAAGGAGACAUGCCCUAUGUCACUACAGACUACAACUUUGAUCUCCCUGGUGCAGGAAAGCUGCGAGUCUUCAAGGGGAUGACGAGACCCAGUCAAACGGGGAAGCAAUGACAUUUUCUACACAGCAUCGGUUUAUUGCCCUUUACCCUUCCUGACUGGUGUCUCACGCCAAACCAGUCAGGGUUGGCCUUUGAAUGUACAGAACUGAGGUUGAGCAGCACAGUUUUUUUAUGUCAAGAUUCAGGAGGAGAUGGCUGCCUUCCUGUUGCUGGACUCAAAACCUUCUACUGUACGUACUCUUGCUGUGAAGGAGUUUCUGUCACAUGGACAAUAAUAUCACACUUUGUACUUAAAGCUCUCGUUUUGUGUCUAUUAUUUGUGUAGUUGGCAUUCCAAAGCUGCAAGUGAAAACAAAAACCUGCCGGAUAUUAAAGGAGAAACACCUUUUGCUCAGA